AUGCAUCUCCAUUUCACCACCAUCAUCUGGACCGUCGCCUUCGCAGCCAAGGUGAACGCGGCCCUGGCCGCUGAUGUGAAAGCCGUUUGCUCGACCUUGUAUUCGAGGUAUCCGACGCUGCUCGUUUGGGAUCCUCUCGGCCCCGAAGCCAUCUCGUCCAUUUUGCGCGCCGAAAACUACUACAGCGCCCAUUUCGAUUACUGGAACGCCGCGAGCUCCCGUAACCGCCCGUCCUGUGCCUUUUUUCCGUCAAACGCAGAACAGGUCUCUUUCGCCGUCCAGACUCUCAACGCGCAUCCUGCUGUCAGGUUUGCGCUCAAGUCAGGGGGUCACAACCCCAAUCUGGGCUUCUCCAACGUCGACAAGGGUGUGUUGAUCGCCUUUCGGCCAAACUCGCAGUUCGCCUAUCCUUCUCCCGACGGCCAGAGUGUCGUGGUGGGAGCCGGAUGCAAGUGGGAGGACGUUUACGCCGUGCUGGAGCCCCUGGGGAAGACUGCCGUCGGCGGUCGGCUCGGCGAUGUCGGCGUCACAGGCUUCGUUCUCGGCGGUGGGCUGUCGUAUCUGUCGGCCCAGUACGGAUUGGCGUGCGAUAAUGUGGUGAGUUUCGAAUGCGUCUUGGCAAACGGUACCGUUGUCACGGCCAGCUCGUCGUCUCAUCCGGAGCUAUUCUUUGCGCUGCGCGGCGGCGGUAACCAGUACGCCAUAGUGACGAGGAUGACGCUCAAGACGUAUGACAUCGGCGAGCAUGCAACGAUCUGGGGCGGUGUUCGAACGUAUGCUGCCGGCAGUCAGUCGGAGAUCCUGUCAGCUGUCACCAACUUCACGGCCGGAAACAGGGACCCAAAGGCUGCUAUCAUUCCGACGUUCAACUACGCAGCCAUACUGGGAAUCAGCAUCCCCGUUGCUCUUGUCUUCUUCUUUUAUGACGGGCUGAUGCCUCCUGUCGGCGUCUUCGACAACUUUGACUCAAUUAUGCCCCUGACAGACAACACGAGGAGAAGAAGCUACGGGAGUCUCACAAAUAUGGUGCUUGGCGGCAACCUGAAAGGGCUGCGGUUUCAGAUCCGCGAGAACACUUUCCCGAAUAUGCCGGCAGAGGCCAUGCAUGCGUUCCUCAGCGACCACUCGAUGCUCAUGGACAAAAAGUCUGCCAAGGGUGCCAUCCUGGACCUCAUAGAUGUCAGGCUAAUGUCGUUUGCCGUCCAACCAAUGCCACGAGGAAUUGCACAGGCUUCCAGAGCCCACGGUGGUGGGGGAAAUGCACUGGGCUUAAAGCCAGAACACGGAGACCGCGUCUGGGUGGAAUACGACAUCGCUUGGGCGAGUCCUCUGUGCGACGAGCAGUGCCCGGCGUACUUUGUCAAGGCCGUAGAGUCGAUGCACGAGCUGCAUACUAAAAAGUAUGCUGGGAUUGCGCCGACACAUUACGAGCAAGGCGACUUGACUUUUGUUAGCUAUAAUCCAAUUUUUAUGAACGACGCCAUGUACGACCAAGACGUCCUGAGGAGCUAUGGAUCGGAGAACUACGCGAGACUACGAUCGACCCACGAAGUCUAUGAUCAGCAAGGCUUCUUCUCGAAAAGACAGGGAGGAUUCAAGUUUGGGUGA